GCCCAUUCUAUGAAUGAAGAGCAUGCGUGAAAGGCACCCAUUUUGUCAGGAUUCAGAAAAUUAAGUAUUAUGAUCCAUGAGUUUGCUGAGGUUAACCAUAGGAACUACAGAUACAAGAAGAUACGCGCCAUCACUAGUCAUAAAAAACGGCAGCCAUAUUGCAUCCUCGUGCCUAUAAAUACACACCAAAGCAAAGAGCAAGCAAGCAAACGCACUACUUGCUUGCAACUAGCUGCAUACACUGGUAUCAUCUCCAACGAUGGCCUUGAGGACUUUCCUCUUUGCAAUGGUCUUAUUGGCUGGAGUGUGUGCACCGGUAGCACAAGCCCAGCUCGGGCGAAUCCUCAUCAAUGGUAUUGUUCCCUGCGGCAACAGCACCAAGACAAGCACCAAGACUACACCGGUCUUCCCAAAUGCUUUGGUGCAGCUACAGUGUGGUGGCAGUGUAGUUUCCAGUGCAACCACAAAUGACGAUGGAGUAUUUACCAUGACACUCAAUUUGCUAACAACUCUCUUAUCAACACUCCUGAGUGGCUGCAAUCUGGUGGUCGACACCCCUCUCUCUAACUGUGAUGCAUCGCUUCCAUCCGGUGGUAUCCUUCAAUCAGCCUUGCAGCUCCUCACAGGCGGUCUUGUUGGUGGCAUUCUCGGCGGUGUCAUCAAUAUCAUUCCAGCAGGUUUCAAUCUUGUUCACUAACUCGACUGGGGAGGAGUGGCUAACAAUGCCAUUCUAUAAAUAUGACAAAUAAGGCAGAAUCUUCCAUCUGAAGUGUUAUCUUUCGAAUGUUUAUAUAUGUAGCCAUGGACUGUUAGUACUGAUAAUGUAACAGUCCUAAUGCAUAAGAAUAAAGGACCUUUAUGGUUAACAA